AGAAACCAGUCCUUCAACUACUAAACCCGGAAGAGAACACUCGCUCGUGUUUGAUAAUAUACCUAAUCCACGGCUUCUCUUUCGUUUAUUUUGUACAUUUUUAUCCCGUUUUUUCAGAAUUGUAUUCUCGUCAUGAAAAGACGAGAGACACGUCUUACAAGUAGAAAGCCUACAGACACGAGUGGACAUUUAUUUAUGUGGUUAUUAUCAUACGAAGCGGAGAGUCGUCUUCAGCAGCAGUUUAGCUCAAACGUUAGCCCGGGAAAAGACUGGCCGUUAGCUCCGUUUGGUCUGCCGCGCGUCGAUGCUGCUCUGACCGGCCGCCGCGGGGAUGAUGGCGUCGCCGGGCGGUCUGUCUCCGCCGGGCUUCAGGCAGCUGUCCGUCUUACUGGUGGACUGUCUGAAGGAACCAGCAGACCUGAGACCAGCUGGGAGGCUGGAGCAGGACGACGACUUCUCAGCCGUUGCCCGGAGGGAGCUGUCGGUCUCCCUGACCGACUGCAUGAGAACUCCAGGACCGAACGGGUGGAUCGUCCAUCCGGCAGCGGAGCAGGGUUACGUCAGCAUCGAGGUCCAGUUGGAGGCAGGGGACGAGCAUCCGGAGGACGAGCGGCCGGAGACUGCCGUCUCCUCUGGGAAUCCACAGCAGGCGGACCCGAUAAAACAGGAGCCCCACUGGCGCGACACUGACACCGCAGCAGAGAUCCAGCCGUGCGAAGAAGUCGUCGACGGGGACUACAAAAACCCCGACUGGAAGGAAGGGUUGGCGUCGCCGCAGGACGGGCCGGCGGGGUUCACGCUGGACCACGAACUGUCCGAGUCGCUCAAGACGGAGGCCACGCUCGGCGAUUCGGAGGAACGUCUGCAGGAAGCGGACGCAAAACCGCCAAACGGCUCUUGGGACAACGUCGCUGCACCGGAGCAACGAGACGCUGAAGCUGAAGAAGCCCCUGAGCCGGCAGCGCCAGCGGAGAAGAAGCAGCAGGAAGGUGCUGCGUCUGAACUGCCGCGCCACCGCUGCGAGAACUGCGGGAAGUCCUUUGCGAAGAGGAGCAACGUCGCCCGACACCAGCGAUACAACUGCGGCGCGACGAAGGGGACACCGAGCCGGCCAGAGUCGGCGGAGCGGGAGGCGCGUCCACGCGACAAACGCGGCCGGACCCCCCGGAGUAAACGGCAUGUAGACUUUCCCGCAGAGGACGGUGAAAAUCCCCCGCGCAAAGAAACACCCAAGGAGGCGAGUCCAACGCCGAGGCGCCACGUCUGCAAGCAGUGCGACAAGAGCUUCCACAGGGCGCACACCCUCCGGCAGCACCUCCUCACCCACACCAGGGAGAAACGCCACAGCGUCGCCACACCGGAGCAACGGGACGCUGAAGCUGAAGAUGAAGAAGCCUCGGAGCCGGGAGCGCCAGCGGAGAAGAAGCAGCAGGAAGGUGCUGCGUCUGAGCCGCGACCCCACCGCUGCGAGAGCUGCGGGAAGUCCUUCGCGAAGAGGAGCAACGUCGCCCGACACCAGCGCUACAACUGCGGCGCGGCGAAGGGGACGCCGAGCCGGCCGGAGUCGGAGCCAACGGAGCGGGCGGCGCGCCCACGCGACAAGCGCGGCCGGACCCUCCGCAGUAAACGCCGCUUAAGGCGGCAUGUACGCUCUCCCGCGGAGGAGGGUGAAAAUCCCACGCGUAAAGAAACACCCGAGGCGGCGAGGCCAAGAGAGAGACGCCACGUCUGCAAGCAGUGCGACAAGAGCUUCUACAUGGCGCACACCCUCCGGCAGCACCUCCUCACCCACACCAGGGAGAAGCGCCACAGCUGCGAGGUGUGCCGGAAGCAGUUUGGGCGGCCGGGCACCCUGAAGCAGCACCUGCUCGUCCACACGGCGGAGCGGCCGUUUAAAUGCGAGGAGUGCGGCAAGACGUGCGCCCGGAAGGGAGACCUGAAGACGCACAUGCUCAGCCACUCCGAGGAGCGGCCGUUCAGCUGCAGCCGCUGCGACGUGAGCUUCAAGCAGCUGGCCAAGCUGAGGCAGCACGAACACCUCCACACGGGCGAGAAACCGCACCGGUGCAAGCUCUGCCCAAAGCGCUUCAGGCUCCGCGCCUCGCUGGCGGCGCACCGGCUCACCCACUCGGGCGACAAGCCCUUCGAGUGCGUCGUGUGCCACAAGGCGUUCAGCGGCCGGAGCAACCUGAAGAAGCACCAGAUGAUCCACAGCGGCGAGAAGCCGUACCAGUGCGCCUACUGCGGCAAGGCCUGCCGCCUCCUGCAGCACCUCGUCGCCCACGAGCGCAGCCACACGGGCGAGAAGCCGUACAAGUGCGACGCGUGCGGGAAGGGCUACACGCAUCCGUCGGCGCUGAAGGCACACCUGUCGGCGCACGAGGAGAAGCCGCCGCGCUGCCCCCUGUGCGGGCUUGGCUUCGCCGAGCGCGCGGAGCUGACCGCCCACCGGUGCAGCGCGGCGGCGGGGAAGCCGCACCGCUGCGCCGAGUGCGGAAAGUGCUUCUCCCUGGCCGCGAAGCUGAAGAACCACCAGGCGAUCCAUUCGGGGGAGAAACCCUUUGACUGCAAACACUGCGGAAAGCAGUUCAACCACAGGAGCAACCUCGCCAAACACAUCCGCAUCCACACGGGCGAGAAGCCCUUCGGGUGCGGACGCUGCGAGAAACGCUUCCGGCUUCGCCAGCAUCUCACCAGCCACCAAUUGACACACAAACAUUAGACGCUUUGGAUCGUUCUAGGUGAAUCGAUUAAGUCGUCGACUAUUAAAUUCAUCGGCAACUAUUUUGAUAAUGGAUAAUUAGUUUUGAGUCAUUUUUACAUUUAAAAACUUCUCUGAUUCCAGCUUGUUAAAUGUCAAUAUUGUUCUAGUUUCUUCUCUCCUCCGUGACAGUAAACUGAACUAGAAAAUUCCGCAAGGAAAUUUUGACAGCAUGCCUAUUACUUGGCGCAGAUCAGAAUAACACUGGCUAAAAGUAAAUCUGCUUUUUGACACGGCCCAAAGUAGAGUCUCCAUGAUAGGAGGUGUGUGUGUGUGUGUGUGUGUGUGUGUGUGUGUGUGUGUGUGUUUGUGUGUGUGUUGCACUGGUGAUUUCCGCAGUGAGGGAGUAGAGGAGUAUCUUCCAUGGGUCAAACAUGUCCAUUUAAUGAGAAUUAUACCUCCUUAAGUUUGUUCUGGAAUUCAAAAACGGUGGGUCCAAACGGCAAAAAUAUCAUCAUCACGAGAAAGAUAAAGGUCUGGCGAACGCAUUGAUGUGGUUUAUAUGUUUGUGGUGUGAAAUAUAUGCGACACAGAGCAGGUAACAAACUGGGAACCAUCAGCAUACUUCCAGGUAUUUUUUUUCCAUUUUCCAAAAGUUUAAGUCCGGUGAACUCCAUAGUUGCAUGUCUGCAACCGGCACAAGAUUCCGAUAUAGUCGACAGCUAUUGCAGCACAUCUGCACGCUGAAUUAGAGUUUAGAUUCUCUGCCCGAGCCCGAAAUAUCUAGCCGAUAUUUCUCGCCGCUAUCCUCGGGCCGGGCCCUUGAUCAAGCAUUUGUGGUUUUUUUAAUCAUUACUUUAUUAGCCUAAUUGGGUGGGGAGCAAGCUAUGCUUCUCCAGCUUCUCCUGUAGCUCUGGGUAUUAUGUCCUGCACUGAUUUGAGUGGGAGGUAAACUGUGCUAAAUUGUGUCUCCCACAUCUGCAGCACUGUCUUCGAUAACUGCGCAACCAGGCCAGAUUGUUUUCAGAUAUCUCCCGAGUCCUUUAGCAGCAGAUAUGGUCUCUCCUAUAUCCGGCACGUUGGUGGCCAGUGCGUCGGCGUUGCAGACCGUGGCGAAGGACAGUAUUAAUUUGGUGAUCGAGACAAGAAAGUCUCCUAUAUGGUUCCAGGGCUUUGGUUAUGUUGCUGCCUUGAUCUGUUACCCACACUAUUCCGCUGAGGGAGCUAGCGUCGAGGUUUUUUUUUCACGUUUCUUCAUUCGGAUCCAUUUGCGAUCCGUUCCAUUCUGAAUAAACAAACAACGCAGUUUACGUGCUUCGUCCUUGUUGCAUUAUUCAUUAAGAUAAGUCUGUAACAGAUUUCUGUAGUUCAAACAACUCGGAAUUGUAAUUGAGAACGUCAGUAGGCUAUUAAAAAAUUGUCGGGUUUAAAUCUAGUUAACGUGUCGGGCCGGGCUCGGACACAACGUACACGGCCUCGGGUAGGGUCGGGCUUGAUUUGUUUUGUGCCCGAUCUAAGCUUUAAACUGAAUAUCUUUGAAGUAGCUGACAAAACAAGACAUUGAGGACGUUAUCUUGGGUUUUUGUUGGUUGAAGUGUUUAAGUGUUCUCACCUCUUUACAAUUGAGUCAAACAUCAGUAGACAUCAGUAUCCAUCAGUGCUGCGGACUCUGUUCAUUACAUGAAAUGCAAGUGCCUUUUCAUUAAUUUCCAUAUUCUCGCCAAUUAGUGUGUAAAUGUUUCCUAAUGUGACCUUAUCAGGGCUUCGACGCUAACUUUUUAACCCUCCUGUUGUCCUCGGGUCAAAUCUGACCCGUUUACAAAAAGUUUCUAUAUCAGAAAAUGUGGGUUUCUUUCAACCAA